GAGGGCCGGCCGGGCAGGCGCACCGGUCAGGGCGCGAGGGCCGAUUUCCUCCCGGAAGGCCGCGGGCGCCCGGGGAGUUCAUGCCUCCUCGGGCGUCUCCUGAGUGGGCGCGGGCGCGGCGCCGGGGGCUCCUUCGGCCUUUCCGGAUGUGCCGGGUUGACGUCCAGUGCAGGGACGAGCCGUCUCGGUACCUCGGCGGGUGUGCCGCGGCCCUGGGCCGUCACGAGGCGGCCGGGUACCCGGGCCCCACUCCUGAACCGGGAAGGGGGAGACAGGCUUCGCGUGCUCAGUUAGGGGGACCGCUCUGCCUUUGGACAAUUUGCUAACCAGCUGGUCUCUGUGGAUGUUUUUUAAAUUAUUUUCUCUUUUACUUUCAGAGCCUUGUAUCAAAAUUUCCUUAUAACCAAAGAGCAAGGCCGCUGAUAGGGAAUUCCUUAUAUAGCAGAUUGCUAACUCCUGUAUUGUGUCCUGAGCUGGGGCGUGCUGUGGACCCCAUGAUCUUCACACUGAAGACGUGAAGAUCUGAAGUGCGUCAGAGUCCAGCCUACCUAAAGAAAAGUUCAAAAGGAUGGCCAUCAUCUUCUCCUUAGCUGCCAGAGGAGGCAGGCACUCCAAAAUCAGACUUGCAGAAGCCCAGGUUCAUAGGCUCGGGCUCUGGAAGAAAUAAUGCUCUCAGCAUGUCUGCACACUCCAUGCUCUGUGAACGAAUCGCCAUAGCCAAAGAACUGAUCAAGAGAGCAGAAUCACUUUCUAGAUCAAGGAAAGGUGGCAUAGAAGGGGGUGCAAAACUGUGUAGCAAACUGAAGGCAGAAUUAAAGUUCUUACAGAAAGUAGAAGCUGGGAAAGUAGCUAUUAAGGAAUCCCAUUUACAGAGCACUAAUCUAACACACCUAAGAGCCAUAGUGGAAUCCGCUGAAAACCUGGAAGAAGUUAUUAGUGUUCUUCAUGUCUUUGGUUACACAGAUACCUUGGGAGAAAAGCAGACCCUUGUGGUGGAUGUAGUUGCAAAUGGUGGUCAUACUUGGGUGAAAGCCAUUGGCCGAAAGGCUGAAGCUCUGCAUAACAUUUGGCUGGGCAGGGGCCAGUAUGGGGACAAAAGCAUCAUUGAGCAGGCUGAAGACUUCCUCCAGGCCAGUCGCCAGCAGCCAGUGCAGUAUAGCAAUCCGCACAUCAUCUUUGCAUUUUACAACAGUGUCUCCAGCCCCAUGGCAGAGAAGCUGAAGGAAAUGGGCAUAUCUGUGAGGGGAGACAUCGUGGCCGUUAACUCCCUGUUAGGUCACCCUGAAGAGGUGCAGCCCAGUGAGAGCGAAUCCGAUGACGAGGGCCCUGAACUUUGGCAGGUGACCAGGGUAGACCGAGAAAAUAUACUGGCAAGCGUUGCCUUUCCAACAGAGAUUAAGGUCGAUGUGUGCAAUAAAGUAAAUCUGGACAUUACUACUUUAAUCACAUAUGUGUCUGCCCUCAGCUAUGGAGGUUGCCACUUUAUCUUCAAAGAAAAAGUCCUCACAGAACAAGCAGAGCAGGAGAGGAAAGAGCAGGUUCUCCCACAGCUGGAGGCAUUCAUGAAGGACAAGGAGUUAUUUGCUUGUGAAUCUGCUGUCAAGGACUUUCAGUCUAUUCUAGAUACCUUAGGAGGACCUGGGGAGAGAGAGAGGGCCACUGUGCUAAUUAAGCGAAUUAAUGUGGUGCCAGACCAGCCUUCUGAACGUGCCUUGAGACUCGUGGCCAGUUCAAAAAUCAAUAGCCGUUCAUUAACGAUUUUUGGGACGGGAGACACCCUAAAAGCCAUCACGAUGACUGCCAAUAGUGGUUUUGUCAGAGCUGCAAACAACCAAGGUGUUAAAUUUAGUGUGUUUAUCCAUCAGCCCAGAGCACUCACUGAGAGCAAAGAGGCUCUAGCCACCCCCUUACCAAAAGGCUACACAAAUGACAAUGAACACUGAUGCUCUCCUUUAAAUACUGUAAUGGGAAUAAGUUAUUUAUACCAAAGGCUGGGUCUUUCCAUCUUAAUUGGAAGGAAAAAGAAGUUCUAUAGUAAAAAUAAUACUUAGAACUCUGAAACCAGUGGAGUUGAUUGGGUGUCUCAUCUGUAAAAUAUAUAAUCUCCUGAAGUGAAAAAAAAGCACCGGAGAUGACCUUGCUUACCAAACUGUAUGCAUUAUAGCAAUUAAGAGCGUAAAUGCCUCUAUAUAAGGCUGUAUCACAAUACUUUGAUUUGUUUGGUUCAGUAGGGCUGCAAUCCCCCUACUGAUAAUCGCAUUUUCUGGAAUAUGGCUACACUGCAUCUUGCAUUAAAUAUCUGGAGAAAACUGAAGCUUGUUUUUCGUUAUAUUGGUUUAUCGGUUGAUAGGAGUUGAAGCUGGAAGGUAAUAGUUUAUAAUUGAUUUUAGAUUCUAAAGUUAUGGCCAUUAUUAAUGAAAAGAAUCUUAUUGCUAUGUCAGGCACAAUCUGGUGGAUGUAUUCCCAAAGAGUCCAUUCAUAUAGAAGGAAAUAAAGUGAGUUCUGAUCA